AUGAAGGCGUAUCCCACAUACCUCCACGUCGUCUCCUCCACGGCGCUUGUGGCCAUGUCUGGUCAUGAGGUCUGCGGCCUCAUCGCAACUUACAUGGGAGCACGGCAGACACAAGAGUUGAUCCCACACCUGCAGAGCCGGGUUUUGCCCAGCUUCCUUCUAGCAUUGAUGUUUGGCUGGCUGGCGGUGGUGGAAAGAUAUUUCUCUCUCCCGGAGGUCAACUUGGCCCAUGUCCACUCCAGUGGAGAUGGGCUUACCACGUCUGGGCGGCCCGUCUACACCUUGCGCUACAUCGAGUGGUGCAUCAACGUUCCGAUUCUAUUUCUGCUCUCCGGCCAUUGCAGCUUGGGUCGGCCAUUGCGUGAGGUGUCUCGCCCCUUGCUGGUGACCAACGUCUACAUCAUCUUCUCCUGGAUGGCCACAGUUACGGAGUAUGGAGUCUUGAAGUGGCUGCUUAUCAUUGCGGCUUUCCACAUGUACGGCUGG